UGCCGUGUUUCCUCUGAUAUUUCCUCCCUCCACCUCGCUGCAUCCCUCCCAUCACGCUGGGCGUUGCCUGGAUGGUAUAAACUCUCAGAUGAACUUUCAGUCAGCCCCACUCUUCACUGAAGCUCAGCCGACACUUUCUGCCUCUUUGUGACCUGCUCCUAUUCCUGCAGCCAUGACCGCUAUGGAGAACAGCAUGGAGUCUCUGAUUGUGACGUUCCACCGUUACGCCAAAGACGAUGGUGACAAAAGAACCCUGACCAAGAAGGAGCUGAAGAAACUGCUGGAGACCGAGCUGCCCAACUUCCUAAAAGCCCAGAACAACCCAAAGAUUGUGGACAGCAUCAUGACCGAUUUGGACCUCAACAAAGACGACAAGUUGGACUUUGAAGAAUUUAUUCCCCUCAUCGCCGGCCUCUCGAUGGCCUGUGAAAAGUGUUACAACCUGAGUCUGAAGAAGGGCAAGAAGUGAUGGACAGAUUCAAAUGGAAAACCAUGAUUUUUGUUAUCUGUUGUCUCGCUGUUUGACAGAUUUUGAAGUAAAAAUUACUUUUGACAAGA